CAGAAGGCUAUAUCCGAAUUAAUCUUACCCGUUCAUUUGGCUUAAUGUUAUUUGUUUUGAAUUCUAAAAUAAGCUCACACAGGGUUCAUAAUACCCCAUAACAACUGGAUAAGCGGAGGAUGGAUUUCAGCACGACAUCAAAAUCUAUAUGCAGGCAAAUGGCGGAACCUUCAGUAAGAGGGGAGACGGUAGCAGAGGGGAAAGUAAUACUAGCUGCACCCAUAAGUGGAACUGUGUCGGCGGAGCGUAACGAUGGCGGACGUCCCGAGUAAUGCUCCGGAACACUGCCCUGGGACCAGCAGCGCACAAGCCGGGAAGAGUUCUUCAUGUCAGGGUUGCCCCAACCAAGCCAUAUGUGCCUCUGGAGCAACCAAAGCUCCGGAUCCCGCAAUCGAGGAGAUCCGGGUGAAGAUGGCCUCUGUCAAGCAUAAGGUCCUGGUGCUGUCAGGGAAGGGCGGCGUGGGCAAGAGCACCAUCAGCACGCAGCUGGCGCACGGCCUGGCCGGCGACUCCACCACAGAGGUGGCGCUGCUGGAUGUGGACAUCUGCGGACCGUCCAUUCCGAAGAUGAUGGGUGUGGAGGGAGAGCAGGUCCAUCAGAGUGGCUCAGGCUGGUCGCCCGUGUACGUGGAGGACAAUUUGGCUGUGAUGUCAGUCGGCUUCCUGCUUAGCAGCCCGGAUGAUGCCAUCAUUUGGAGGGGUCCGAAGAAGAACGGAAUGAUAAAGCAGUUCCUGAGGGACGUGGACUGGGGCCAGGUGGAUUACCUCAUCGUGGACACCCCCCCGGGCACCUCUGACGAACACUUGUCGGUGGUGCAGUACCUGUGCGGUGCCGGUGUGGACGGUGCCAUCAUCGUCACCACCCCUCAGGAAGUUUCGCUGCAAGAUGUCAGGAAGGUGAUUCGCUUCUGUGAGAAGGUGGGGCUCCCAGUCAUUGGCGUGGUGGAAAACAUGAGCGGUUUUCUGUGUCCUAAGUGCAAGACCAUGACCCAGAUUUUCCCUCCCACCACUGGAGGGGCAGAGAAGAUGUGCCUGGAUAUGGGUCUGUCGUUCCUGGAACGGGUGCCGUUGGACCCCCGGAUAGGGAAGAGCUGCGACGAGGGCAGAGCGUUCCUGAUGGAUGUGGCGGACUCCCCCGCCGCCGCUGCUUACCGCAACAUCGUGCGCAGGGUCACGGAAUACUGUGCAUCGAGGCGUCACCAAGGUGAUGCUGACUAGACAGAGGCGCAGCGUGAGAAUGGGGAACCCCUGAUAGCGGAACCAGGGUUCUGCUGCCACCGUACAGCAUGCGGACGAGCCAUUGGCUGAAAACAUCGCAGACGACGAAGCUCUCUGCACAGUAUCAUUCCCUGACCAGAUUUAUGACGUCACUGCUUUUAAUUGCCCUUUUUCAAAUGUUUAUAUCGUUUAGGUUGAAUAAAGAGUCGGAUCUGUGAAACACA